UUAUUCCCUCUUCGAUAAGUUUUUUCCUUUAUUUUGUUCUUAUGUUUUCAUAUUUGAUUUGGGUUUUAGUAGAAAUGGUUGGAUUCACUCAAGUUUCUGUUUAUGGGAUCUAGGAUUUGGUGAACUAAUUGAAUUUGUUUUUAACUUUUUAGGGCUUAGAUAGAUUACUCUGUCUGUGAUGGUAGAUUGGAUGGUAGGUUUCUGCUUGAAGAUGAAAAAUAGAUUGGAUGGUAGUGGUAGUGGUAGUGGAAGUGGAUCACGUUUAGUCUAAUUGAUAAGAUACACUGUUUGUGUUGAGCGUUUCAGUGGUAGUAAAUUUAGGUGUUGGUUGUGAUUUGUGACUUCUUUGCACGUUUUUGUUUGUUGUGCUGAGUAUUCUUCCUCCAGUUUGCGUCUUCUGCAUAUUCAUCAUCUGGACAAGUUGUGUUAGCAACAUAAAAGAAAAGGGUUCACCUUCCUUUCCUUUAAAAACUAGUUGCAAGUGUUGCUAUUUUAUUCAUAUUUGAUAUUAUACCCAGCAGAUUUAAAGCCUACAUUAGCCAAGUAUAUUUACUUGGAUGGAAAAUGGUGGUAAAAGUGAUCACUCCCUCAUUUCCUUGCAGUUUUGAUGUCGGUUCUCAUUUUGUUUUUGUGUUUUUUUUUUUUUUCCCUUUACUGAUUUCCAUUAUGUUAAGGCAGUUUGGAUUUUCUUUUGCUCUUUUUUUCAACUUUUUAGUAUUUACACUUUCAUCACUAUCCCUAAUAGAAACUUGUUAUCAAUAAAAAAAAUCAUGUCUUAUAAAUCCUAUAUCAAUACCAUGGAUAAAUAAGUUGUCUCUAACUUCGUCAACACAUCUUGUUUGAAUGUAUUUGCACAAUUUAAGCACAAAUACUAUAUGCAAACUUUACCCUUUGGAAUGACAUAUUCCAUUUUCAUUGAAGUAUUUCAACACCUAAAUUGUAUUCAUUUGACAAGGCUUGAGGUCUAAAUAAAGUUUGGAUAAGCUAUUUUAUUGAUUUUAGAGGACUUCUACAGCAAUGUUUUGGGGCUGGGUUAUUGAUUUAUUACUGAUGUUCUGUUUGUAGGAAUUAGAUAAAAGUUUUUGUAGUUGAAGAAGAGAUUGUUGGAAACUGGAUUUCAGUUGAUAUAAAGGAUUUGUUGUUGAUAUUGUGUAAAGGCUAGUUUGGGUAUUGUUGUAUAUUAUUAUAUGAACCCUUGUGUGUAUCAUGAGAUAGAAAAGUUAUAUACUUAAAAUAUCUUAAAUUUAAAUGCAAAGAUAUAAGAACGUCAUUUAUGAAAACUCUUCAUAUGAGAUAAGAUGUGAAUUGUAUAUGUUUGUGAAAGUCAUGAAUGCCAUGUUAUGCACGUCAUACUUUAACAAUUGGAUUGUGAAAUCCGUUAUGUUGUGUACACUGUGAAAUUGGUCGACUAUAUGGGGACUUUUGAAAUGGUCAUACACUCAUUUUUUUUUUAGAUUUACACUUUCUGAAAUUCUUUCAUUUGUGCAAUAUUAAAACAGGUUUCAAAAUUUUGGAAUUUUCAUUUGUUUGGCUACAGUUAUAUGCUUUAUGAACAUGGAAGGAAAAGGAUUUCGAUUUACCUUCAUUUGAAGACCUCUUUUUUUUUUUUUUUCGUUUUUUUCUCCUUCUUGCUUUAGGGAUGUGUGAUGAAGGUGGAGGCUUUUGUUUAAAGAAUAAAAGGGAUGUGUGUGCAAGUGUUCUAGUCCAGUAAGAAUAAAAUAGUAGUGUGUUUAAUUUAAAUUUUAUUUUUCAUAGGAUGACAUCUUCUUUGCGAAUGAGACUUCAAAUCAAAGUCGUUCUAAACCAGUGUGAUUGUUAGGGAAAAGAAAACCUAUUAAACCAGCUUCAUUGGCAUGGGAACAUUUUAUUAAAGAAGGAUGUGAUCUUGAAUAUCCUAGGACUGCUUGUAAGUACUGUGGGGUUACGUAUGUCUGUGAUUCCAAGAGAAAUGGUACAACAAAUCUAAAAAGACAUAUAGAGCAAUGUAAGAAGUAUACAAAUAAGUUAGAAGAUUAUGUUGAAGGAGAGGGAGAUUCUGAAAGUAGUUUUAUGGCUACAUCCUUCACUCAAGAAAAUUGUAGAACAGUGCUUGCUUGUAUGGUCAUAUUAGAUGAAUUGCCAUUUAAGUUUGUAGAAAGUGAAGGAUUUCGUAAAUUUUGUCAUGUAUUAAAUUCGAAGUUUGUAAUUCCAUCAAGAGUAACUGUUACAAAGAAUUGUUUUCAAAUGUACGUGGGGGAGCAAAAAAAGUUAAAGAGCCAUUGACUCGAAGUGGUCAAAGAGUUUGUUUAACAACUGAUGCAUGGACUUCCGUGCAGAAUAUUAAUUAUAUGGUUAUAAUGGCUCAUUUUAUUGACGGUGAUUGGAAUUUGCACAAAAGGAUUCUUAACUUUUGUCAAAUAGCUAAUCAUAGAGGAGAUACGAUAGGUAGAGCAAUUGAAAAAUGCUUUGAAAGUUGGGGUAUUGAUAGGCUUUUUACCAUAACGGUCGAUAAUGCAAGUUCAAAUGAUAGAGCUAUUGCAUAUUUGGUUAAAAAGUUUAAAGGCAAAAAUGGAUUGGUGUUAGAUGGUGAAUUUAUUCAUGUUAGAUGUUGUGCUCAUAUCCUUAAUUUAAUAGUUAGUGAUGCUUUAAAAGAUUUGCACAUGACCAUCAUUCGAAUUAGAAAUGAUGUGAAGUAUGUUAAGUCAUCUCCCGCAAGAUUGCAAAUAUUUAAAGAUUUUGCUAAAGAAGAUAAGAUGUCAACAAAAAAAUUGUCUUACAGUGGAUGUUCCAACAUGAUAGAAUUCAACUUUCACUAUGUUGGAUGGAGCGAUUAAGUGUCAAAAGACAUUUGAAAGAUUAGAGGAGCAUGAUCAAGUUAUUUGCCAAAGGAUGAUAUGCCUACUAUUGAAGAUUGAAAUAAUGCAAAAGUGUUUGUAGAGUUCCUAAAGACUUUCUCAGAGUUGAGUUCCAUUAAUGGCGUUGUGGUCCUCAUCAUCGUCUCCAAAAGGGAUUGUCAUCACCUUUCCAGUGCUCUUACUCACCGCUUUUGCUGUGAUUCUCUUUUGCUUCUUUAUCUCCAAUCUCUCCUCUUGUUCAUGUCCUGUUUCUCCCCGCAUUGUUGUCUCUGGUACUGCAGCCAGCAAUGGAGCCCACAUUGGUGAUGGGGUUCUAACGAACAAGGAUGAUGUUGACUGGGUGAAGGAUCAGAUCAAAACUAAUGGGCUGCAGAUGCACGAAAAUGUUCUUCGUAAAGGCAUCAACCCUCGCACUAGAGCUCAACAGCUUGAAGAUCUCAGACAAUUCAAGGGUAUAUCACAUUAUGAGGGACUGGAGGAUCAGAACCGUACAGCACUUCCGUGCCCUGGUGAGCUUCUGGUUGAAGAGCACCAUAGUAACUAUGGUGAACCAUGGGCAGGCGGACGAGAUGUGUUUGAAUUCCUAGCCGAGUUCUCUCAUAUAACACCAGAUGCACAUGUUUUGGAGAUUGGAUGUGGUACUCUACGAGUUGGUUUGCAUUUCAUCCGAUACCUUAAGCGUGGACAUUACCAUUGUCUUGAGAGGGAUGAGCUCUCUAUGAUGGCUGCCUUUAGGUACGAGCUCCCAUCUCAAGGUCUCUUAAGCAAGCGUCCAUUAAUUGUGAAAGGGGAGGACAUGAACUUCAAUAAAUUUGGCUCUGAAGUUCGUUAUGAUUUAAUAUAUGCUAGUGCUGUGUUCCUUCAUAUGCCUGAUAAGCUUGUAUGGAUUGGACUAGAAAGGCUUGCUAACAAAUUAAAGCCAUAUGAUGGGCGAAUUUUUGUGUCCCAUAACAUAAAGUUCUGUUCGCGAUUGGGAGGGGAGGAAUGUACAAAGCGUCUCACAAACUUAGGACUUGAAUAUCUAGGAAAGCGCACACACGAUAGCUUGCUUUUCAAUCACUAUGAGAUCUGGUUUGAGUUCAGACGAUCAAAGCCUUAGUAGUACUAGCAUUCCCUUUGUAUCAUCGGGACCGAGUUCCCAAUAUGUGAAAGAUGGAUAUAGGAAGAUAUUACCAGUUCAUAUUUCUAGUCUUGGUGGCUGAGAAUUCAGGAGAAAUUUGCCAACCCCUAAGGAUGUUUCAGUUGUAACACAUUUCAUUUGAUUUGUCACCAGAAAGAAGAAAAUGGUUUUUUCUUUGUAAUGGUGCUUAGCUUGCGCUCUUCUCCUGUGUGCUAAGAUAGCCUAAGGCUUAGAAACCUUUUUGUUGUAUGCAAGGCUUAGAACCUUUUUGUUGUAUGUAAGCCUUUUUGUUGCAUGUACUUUAUGUUUCUAUUCAAUAGUUUGGAGCUUCUUUUUGCUGGCAA